UGAUCACGCUAUUGUGAACGCGGCACGGAGAGUAUAAAAAGCGCGCAGGGAAACGCGCACACUACACGCAGCAAAGCUUCUCAGACUUCUCAGGUGUUCUUGUCUGUCUAUCAACAUGAGGGCUGUUGCUGUGGUACUUGCUCUGGCAUUUAUUGCUGGCUGCCAUGCUCGCGCUGUGCCCCAGGCUGACCAGCCUCUGGCCAAAUGGGAAGAGACAGUGGACCAAUUCUGGCAGUUCAUCUCAGAGCUUAGCACUCAUACUGAUACUAUGACAGAGACCAUGAAGACUUCUCAGCUCACCAAGGAUCUUGAUACUCUGAUCACUGACACCAUGGCUGAGCUGACUGUGUACAGAGACAACAUCGAGACCAAACUGAGCCCCUAUGCUACAGAUACCACAGACAAGCUGAAGCAGGAGCUGGAUCUGCUGACCAGCAAGCUGCAGAAUGACAUGAAUGAUGCCAAGCAGCGCUCAGCCCAGUACCUACAGGAGCUGAAGACCAUGAUGGAGCAGAAUGCAGAUGAUGUCAAGAACCGCAUCAACACCUACACUCGCAAGCUCAAGAAACGUCUGGGCAAGGACACAGAGGAAAUCCGCAACAACCUGAACACUUACCUGGAGGAGCUGCAGUCCCGUGCUGGGCAGAAUGCUGAGGCAGUAAAGGGUGAGCUUGAGCCCUAUGCAAUGCAGGUACAAGACAGCAUCAGCAAGAAGUUGGGCACCAUCACAGAGCUGCUGGAGAACCAGGGUGAGGAUGUAGGCAAGCAGCUGGAGGAACAGGCCAUCGUGCUGAAGAAGCAGCUGGAGGAGACCGCCAACACCCUGCGCACUUCCCUUGAGAGCCACAUCCAGGAGCUCACCAGCCUCCUGAAUCCCUACUCCGAGCAGAUCCGUGAAAAGCUCCAGACUGUCAUGGAAAAGAUCAAAGAGGCCUCAGCUGCUCUCCCUGCCCCACUGUAACCGCACAAAUUCUAACACGUUGUACCAAACCCAGGCAGAGAAAGUGGGGGCAAUAUUAGUCUAAUAAAGUUUGUUACUGAUGCUUUAUACUCUUCACGGUGUGACAGGGAAACAAGAAAGGGAAAGAACUGGACAUGGCUUCUUAAUGACACAUGGAAUACUGUAGUUAAUCACCAUGUGGGCUUUCCUCAGUAUUAAUCCACUUAUUGGAUAUAAUGAUACUUAUUAAAGUGCAAUAGCAUAAACACUUGGCUAGUUUCUCAAAUCUUUUAGAUUGCAUAUACUAUAGGUGUGCAUUUUGGGUUUACAAUUAAAUUCUUCAUAGUACAAACCAAACCUCGUGAAAUAUUGUCCACCAUUUCAACCAGAAAAGCUGCAAAUAAAUAUAUGACAGCUGUUUUUGAACAUAUUUGCAAUAAAAAUGGGUCAUGGA